GAUGAAAUAAAUCUUGGCCCGUUCAGAGGGAAUCACAACACUUGACUCAUCUGUGUGUUGCUGCUCUUCUCUGCUACACUGAUCGACUGACUGACUCAGAGAAAGAGGAGCUUCACAAACAGCAGAGAGUUGAAAUUAAAGGAUCCUAUUCCAGCUGACUUGGAUUGAAGACAUGACCAAAGAGACUGAGACUCUGGGACUGGUCUUUCAAAGUGAGAACUUCAACUAUAACCGUAACAAUAACUACGUCAUGGACUCCUGGCCUUACCUGGAGAGCCCUGUCCCCGAGCAGAACCACUCCAAAAACAGACUCCACCCAGGAGACGACCUGGCAGCUUUAACCAUGCUUUAUGAACAGUGCAAGAGCCAGAAAGAGCAGAAAAUUCCCUGCAACCGCACUGGCAACAUCUGCAAAAUUGAGAGGACUCCAACCAACACCAAUGAGCUUGUUUCGUUGGAAGCGUCCGCCAACGUCAUGAAGAUCCUUCCUGAUAGUGUUUCCUUAAGCCACCCCCAAUGUGAUGUCUUGGGAUCCAAGCAGAUUGCCUCCAUGCCCAUUUCUGUUGCCACCCCCUCAGACACAUAUGCCACGCUGACCAGCGUUGUGGCGGACACUUACGACAAGCAGGAACUCAAUAUCAUCUUUGAUUCCCUGCUGCAGAAGUGGCCAGAGACUGGCGCUUUCACCGACCAAAACCCUGGGACUCCUUCCUACACUGAUCCCUUCCCUGAAAACCGGUCCAGCCCGGUCUAUUCGGGCUCGUACACCGGCUCCCCAAUAGAGACAUUCAGGAGUGAGUUUCAGUUUUCCCUUGGAGCUCCUCUGGCUUCUUCUUACAAGUCCAGUGAGCUGCCCAUGGUCUACCUGAACAAGGGCCAGUUUUACCCCAUCACUCUCCAGGGAGUGGACAGCAGUGCUUGCCUCACUGCCACAAAAGUCAAGACAGUUGUGAUGGCUGUGUUUGAGAAUGACAAGAGCCCAGAAAUGCAGCUCCGCUUUUGGAAUCACUGGCACGCACGUCAGCCAACCGCCAAGCAGAGGGUCAUUGACAUUGCGGACUACAAAGAAGUGUUCAGCGGCGUUAGCAACAUAGAAGAGGUGGCCUUCAAUGCUCUCUCGUUUGUUUGGAACCCCAAUGAAGAGGCGAAGGUGUACAUUGGCAUCAACUCCCUGAGCACAGACUUCUCCGCUCAGAAGGGAGUGAAAGGCCUGCCUCUCAACCUCCAGAUUGACACUUACGACUUCAGCUCAGGAACCAACCAGCUCCUUCACAGAGCUGCUUGCCAGGUCAAGAUUUUCUGCGAUAAGGGUGCAGAGAGGAAGAUGCGUGAUGAAGAGAGGAAGAAAAGCAAAAGGAGGGAAAAGACCAAUGCUAACACCCACAAGUCUUUAGUGAGCAGCUCAAUGGGCAGUGAAUGUACCUUCUUCCAAACCCUGGAUGACCACAUCACCCAGCCAGUUCUCUUCAUUCCAGAAACACACCUCUCAAGCUUACAGCGCAUGGCCACUCCCAUGGAUGAGAUCGAAAGGAAUUCUAGGAAGAGACUGUAUCCAGAGAGAGACCAGGUUAGCUCUCCAACCAACAAAAAAGCCAACAGAGCAGACCCACAAAAAGUUCUGCUGUACGUGAGGACAUGCGCCGAAGAGGUGUUUGAUGCGCUCAUGCUCAACACGCCAACACUGUCAGGCCUACGGGAAGCUGUGUCAGGAAAGUAUGGUAUUCAAAAAGACACCAUUGGAAAAAUCUACAAAAAAUGCAAGAGAGGGAUCUUCGUCAACAUGGACGACAACAUCAUCGAACACUACACCAACCAGUCGGCCUUCCUCAUUGAGAUGUCCGAGGUCGUCGGCGGUCAGUUCCAGGUCACCCUCAUUGAAGUAUGAAAGCCAGCGUCCAGUCAGCCUGCUCCACUGAAGGAUGUAACAUGUUACAGCUGCCGGUUGAAACCAUCUCUAAUAGCACUGCUCAGUCAAAGACUAUGUAAGCUGCGGACUGCCAAAACCAAGAAGAGAACUGGGCUGAAGAGACCUCAAGUUUUUUUUUCCAAUUUCAGAUGAAAAUGAAACACAGAGAAAAUUCUGUGUUGUAAAUACCACUCGCCCCAUGAUUUUGUUAUUUGAAUUUAAUAUUGUAACGUAAGAGCAAUUAUGAUGAACAUCCUGUACAUAUAUAGUGUAAAUAUAUUUUAAUACAACAGUGUUUUAUAAACUAGCCAUGUGCAUUUUGCAAUCCAUUUUCCACAAAUUGCUAUGUAUUUCAAUGCGUUUUUUGGAAUGCUGUACAAAAUUUGUGUACAGUGUAUUUUCAGCAUUUUCAGAGGUUGCUAUUCUUGCUGCUUUUAAUGAAUCCAUCAUUCCUUCUACAAAAGCGAAUGGUGUGUUCCUUUCACCCACAACUAUUGAUGUUUUAUACCAUAAGUAUCUUCCUUAGGUUCCUGUUACUUUCACGAGUAAAAUGGCCAGAUGCUGGGUUUAAUUCAGAACCUAAAGUCAGACAUUUCCACCCAUAAAACCACACAAUAGUUUGUAUUGGUCAUUUUUUAGUCCGAAGUUCUGGACAUUUCCUGCCCCCC